UCUCACCCGGUCGCAUGCUGCAUUCCUUCGUCACCAUUCACCAAUUCUUCGCCCAUCUCAUCAAGACUCAACUCGGGAAUUUCCCACAACUGGACUCCCCCACCUACCGCUCCCUCCAAUCUCUCAACCCCUCGCCUGAUCGCCGCAUUCAUCUCCUCCCUCAAUCCCUGCGAUGAUGGGCCGGGACCCCCCACCAUCUUUUGAUUCGCUUCUCCUCAACGAAUCCAUGGAAUCCCUUCCUCUCUCGGCCGCCUCGUCGUCUGUAAACCUCCUUCUCCCUCUCGAACCUCAAAAUGAUAGAAAUCUCCCUUCCAGAUCCGGCUUCGCCUCCAAUUUCGAGAUCAGCGUCUCCGAUCCCCAGAAGGAGGACACAGCGGCCACUUCACUGAUCCUCGGCGGCUCCUUUAUUACCUACCUGAUCACAACUCGGACUUAUUCCGGUGGCCCCGAAUUCAGCGUCCGCCGCCGCUUUCGCGACGUGGUUACCUUAGCAGAUUGCCUUGCAGAAUCCUACCGUGGUUUCUUCAUUCCGCUCCGUCCCGACAAGAGCCUGGUGGAGAGCCAGGUGAUGCAUAAACACGAGUUCGUUGAGCACCGCCGGGCUGCUCUGGAGAAGUAUCUGCAGAGGCUUGCAGCGCAUCCCGUGAUUGGGCGAAGCGAGGAGCUUAGAGCUUUCCUCCGGGAGCCGGGAAAGUUUCCGCUGGAUGGUGCUCUGCGGAAUCCGAAACAGCUGUUCGGGAAUCGCUCAAGUGGGUGGAUGGCUCCGCAGGAGUCGGUGAUGCCUGCUAGGGGAGGCAGGGCUCUGGUGAGGAUGUUUAAGGAGUUGAGGCAGUCGGUAAGGAAUGAUUUGGUUGGGGUGAAGCCAUUGGCGGUGGAGGAGGAUAAAACUUUUCUGGAGAGGAAGGGGAAGAUACAGGACUUCGCACUGCAGCUUAAUGCUUCAUCGGAUAAGGCUGAAGCAUUAGUCAAAGCACAACUAGAUAUUGCAGAAACAAUGGGAGAGUUAGGUUUGUCAUUUGUCAAACUAGUUAAGCUAGAAAACAAUGAGUUAGUGCAUAUAUCAGAGAGAUCAUGGGCUGUUGAUGCCAAAGCUGUAGCAACUUCCGCUGUUAAAGCAAGCAGGCUUUACCGCGAACUAAAUGCUCAAACAAUCAGACACCUGCAGGAGACACUGCACGAGUAUAGCGGGUUAAUGCUAAGCAUUCGGAAUGCAUACUCGGAGCGUUCCAGUGCCUUAUUGACAUUGCAAACAGUUUUAUCAGAUCUUGCUUCUUGGCAUGCUAGAGCUGAAAAGCUUGAAGCUGCCUCUGCUAGGAUUUUUGGCGGUAAUGAUUCCAGAAUCCAGAGAUUAGAGGAGAUAAAAAGGAAUAUAAGAAUCACAGAAGAUGCAAAAAGUUGCGCCUCUAGAGAGUAUGAAAAGAUAAAGGAGAACAGCAGAUACGAACUUGAGAGAUUUGAUAAAGAUAGGCAGGAUGAUUUUCUGAAUAUGCUAAAAGGAUUGGCAACAAAUCAGAUGGAGUAUUUUAGAUGGCGGAUGUCUGGAAAAGAGUUGCCACCGAAACAAGCCAUUAUGCAAAAGAUAAUUGCAGCUAAAAUUCUAACAAUUUAUACUGUAAAGAAUUUCUGCACCAUAAAUUUUACAUCCCAGAAGUCACAUUCAGGCAUCCUCCCAAACUUGGUGCAAGUUUCCUGCAAGGCUGCAGCUAUCCGCAAUCUCACUGAUCUGAUUGGUACUUACUCCCCUCUUUUUUUUCUUUUCAGAUUGUAAA